AUGCCUCUGCGCCUUGAUGUUAAGCGCAAAUUGUCUGUUCGUUCAGAUCGUGUUAAAUGUGUUGAUAUUCAUCCGAACGAACCAUGGAUCUUAGUAACACUUUAUAAUGGUCAUGCGCAUAUUUAUAAUCAUGACACUCAACAAUUAAUUAAAACAUUCGAAAUAUGUGAUGUACCUGUUCGUUCAGGCAAAUUUAUUGUCCGAAAAAAUUGGGCAGUUACUGCUUCUGAUGAUAUGCUUGUACGCGUAUAUAACUAUAAUACACUUGAAAGAUUACAUCAAUUUGAAGCACAUAGUGAUUAUAUUCGUUCAAUUGUUGUUCAUCCAACACAACCUUAUAUUCUUACUAGUAGUGAUGAUAUGACAAUUAAAUUAUGGGAUUGGGAUGCAAAAUGGGCAUUAAAACAGACUUUUGAAGGCCAUAUUCACUAUGUAAUGCAAAUAGCUAUUAAUCCAAAAGAUAAUAAUACAUUUGCAUCAGCAUCACUUGAUCGUACUGUCAAAGUAUGGCAAUUAGGAUCUACUCAAGCAAAUUUUACACUUGAAGGUCAUGAAAAAGGUGUCAAUUGUGUUGAUUAUUAUUCAGGUGGUGACAAACCAUAUCUUGUUUCGGGUGGUGAUGAUCGUCUUGUGAAAAUUUGGGAUUAUCAAAAUAAAACAUGUGUACAAACAUUAGAAGGACACUCACAAAAUGUCGGUUGUGUUGCAUUUCAUCCUGAAUUACCUAUUAUAUUAAGUGGUUCAGAAGAUGGUACUGUUAAAUUGUGGCAUUCAAAUACAUAUCGUCUUGAAUCAACACUUAAUUAUGGUCUCGAACGAUGUUGGACAAUAGCAUGCUUGAAAGGAUCAAAUAAUGUUGCAUUAGGUUACGAUGAAGGAACAAUGAUGAUUAAAUUGGGUCGAGAAGAACCAGCUAUGUCAAUGGAUGCAUCGACUGGUAAAAUCGUGUGGGCUAAACAUUGUGAAAUUCAACAAGUUAAUUUAAAACAAUUAAAUAUCGAUCAACAAUUGAAAGACGGAGAAAAAGUUCCAUUAAAUGUUAAAGAAAUGGGCAGUUGUGAAAUCUAUCCACAAACAUUAUCUCAUUCACCAAAUGGACGAUUUGUUGUUGUUUGUGGUGAUGGUGAAUAUAUUAUUUAUACAGCAAUAACAUUACGUAAUAAAAGUUAUGGUAGUGCUAUGGAAUUUGUUUGGUCACAAGAUUCAUCCGAAUAUGCUGUACGCGAUGGAAAUAUGGUUAAAAUAUUUAAAAAUUUCAAAGAAAAGAAAACAUUUAAACCUGAAGCUGGCGCAGAAAAUAUUUUUGGUGGAUCACUUUUAGGUGUUAGAUCAUAUUCUGGUCUAUCAUUUUACGAUUGGGAAACAACGACUUUAAUUCGUCGUAUUGAAAUUGCACCAAAAACUCUUUAUUGGAGUCAAAAUGGUGAAUUAGUUUGCAUUGCAACAGAAGAGUCAUAUUAUGUUCUACGGUAUAAUCCUCAAGCUGUAGCAGCUGCAACGACAAACAAAGAGCUUGUAUCGGAAGAUGGAAUUGAGGAUGCAUUUGAUGCACUUAGUGAAAUACCUGAAAUAGUGAGAACAGGUGUAUGGGUUGGCGAUUGUUUUAUGUAUACGAAUUCUCUUAAUCGUAUAAAUUAUUAUGUUGGUGGUGAAAUUGUAACAAUAUCACACUUGGAUAGAGUAAUGUAUUUAUUAGGUUAUGUUUCCAAUGAAAAUCGUCUUUAUUUGGGUGAUAAAGAAAUGUCUAUUGUAUCGUUUGAAUUAUCCUUAGCCGUACUUGAAUAUCAAACAGCUGUUAUGCGUAAAGAUUUUGAAACAGCUGAUCAAGUUCUUCCAACAAUUGCAAAAGAGCAACGAACACGUGUUGCACAUUUUCUUGAAAAACAAGGUUAUCGUCAACAAGCAUUGGCUGUUACAUUGGACAAUGAACAUAAAUUUGAUUUAGCACUUCAAUUAGGAAAUUUAACUGUUUGUUAUGAGCUCGCAGUUGAAAUGGAAAAUGAACAAAAGUGGUUACAAUUAUCUGAGCUUGCAACAAAAGCUGGAGAUUUAAAUUUAGUACAAGAAUGUUUAACACGAGCACAAUCAUUUGGUUCACUUAUUUUAUUAGCAAGUGCAUCAAGCAAUAAGCAAUUAAUGUCAACCAUUGGUGAACAAUCAAGAAAAAAUGGACAAUUCAAUAUAGCUUUUCUAUCCAAUUUUGUAUUGGGAAAAUUAGAUACAUGUUUAGAUAUUCUUAUUGAAAAUCAACGUAUACCUGAAGCAGCUUUCUUUGCUCGAACAUAUUUACCAUCACAAAUUGGUCGCAUUGUUAAUUUAUGGCGAGAGAAAUUAAAACAAAUGAAUAUGGAACGUUCAGCACAAGCAUUAGCUAAUCCAACUGAUUAUGAAAAUCUGUUCCCAGGUCUUGUUGAUACAUACAAAACAGAACAAUUUUUAAAAGAAGAAGCAAAAACUCAUUUAGCUCGUGAUUUUCCAACAAUACACCCCAAUUGGGAACGAAAUCCUGUUGCUGAAAUGAAAGAAGCGGAAGAAAAUGAGGAGUUUUUUUAUCAUCCAGUGCAAUUGAAAAAAGACACUAAAGAUGAAAAUGAUGAUGAUAAUGAAAAUUUUUCUGACGCAAAUGAAUCACCUAAGCAAGUACCACCAUCUCAAACGAAGCAAACACCAAUCGAUCCUCCUGCAACAACACACAAAACAAGUACUGAAUCAUCGGUAAUAAGUAAAUUAAUUUCAGCUGCUCCCCCAUCAGCAACAAGUUCAUCUGAUCGUGCACGUUCUCAGUCUCCAAUGACUAAACCAGUUAUUUUGCCACCAACAACAAAAGAGAAAACUCCUCCUCCACCAAGUGUUCCUGCACCAUCAGCAAUAUCCAAAGCAGCAAGUGAUAUUAAACCAACGGCUGCUGCUGUUCGCAAAACAUCAUUGAGCGAUCUUGAAAAAGAACUUCAAGAAUUCGAUAUAGACGUCGAUAAAGAUGAUGUAAGCGACGUUGAAAUUGAGCCAUCAACAGGAGCUAAUAAAAAAUCUGCUGAUGAGGAUGAGGAUCUUCAAUUUGAUGAUGAUGAUGUAGAUGAAUUUCUCAGAGAUACUUGA